UUCUUGGCAUGCAGUCUUGUGAGGGGACGGAGACAGUUGCGAGCAACGCAAGGUCACACACAAGUUUACUAUCAGGUUUGUACAUAGGGAACGUGAAAGUGUUGGUGAAGGCACAAUUUGGAAUGGACAGCUCAAAAGAAAUUGUAAUGAAACUGGCUGUUCGAGCAGAGGAUCCAUCUGUCAGCGAUGCGAUUCACGCACUUGUUGCCAACGGCUAAACAUAUCCAAGCGUUCUUUGCUAGAGAAAGACAUCGAGAGAAUCUAUAACUAUAUGAAUUUUCUUAUACCCUGUUGGUAUUUUGAUGUUGCCUCAACAUUUUUGGUGUUUGCUACGUUUUACCAUUAGUAUAAAUAUUCUUUUGAGCA